GAGUGAAUGUGAUGAAACACUAGCUGCAGGGCUGGAUGCAAAUGCCUAGCUUGUAAGGCCGACUAAGAAUAAGGCUGAAUGCACAUAUGUUCUGCCUGGAAAUGCAUGGACUUAAUUUCCCUUUUUUGAGGAUUGAAAUGCAUGAACUUCACAUGAAGCAGCCAGCACAAAAUCCUCACCUGAUUCUAAAAAAAAAUAAAAAAAAUCCUCACCUCACCUUUGUAAUCUUGCUCAGUAAAUACAGGUGCUCGAUUAAUCAUGGCUCCGCCGCGCCAUGUUUAGCUCGUGACACGCGUUUGAUUGAUUUCAGUUUCUAAUGCCAACUGAACUAACAAGCCGAGGUUGACUUGGAUCAUCUGACAGUUAUUUUGUUUGCCUGCAGGCAUGCUAGUCUGCAUCAUCUCACCCUGCAUAACAUAAAGAUCAUCGGAAUCGGAUCUAAUACCUUUCUUAGAUCAUCGGAAUCGGAUCUAAUACCUUUCUUUGGCCGGUCACACACUCUAGCUAGGGUUCUUCGAGCAGGUUGCUUGCAUACUUUCCCUUUUUCCGAGAAUCAACAUUGACCGUACACUCACAAAGGCGCGCACACACACGCGCGCGCGCACGCACGCACACACACACACACACUCAAACAAAUGCCUACUGAAGGCCCGAUCAAAGUUAUGGAGUUUAAAAUUGAUGGAAUCGCCACAUGUGUCUCGCUAUUUGAUACUCCAGUGACGUAAGCGGGCUUAUAUUUCUUUACAGAGGGAGUAUUUAUGUAUGAGUUAUGAUUAAAUCAUAGGGGUUUUUCAAACUACAUUUAGCAGGAGAAGUUCCAUUCGGUUCAAGCAUUUUCAAAUAUAUCUUUUUGGAACAUUUAACAUAUUGAUUUGUUUGUUUUAUCUUUCUGGCGCAAUCUAGACUUGGGUCAACUUAACUAAUUCUAUGACAGUUGAAUAUUCGGGUGGGCCCCGACUGUCAUCGUGCAAGGUUAACACCGUCUCCGUCUCCCUUCUUUCUCCUCCGUCGUCCACCUCCGCUAUAAAUACCACUCACUUAAAAUAAAAUAAAGAGCUCGACCGACAGAGGCAGCUCGCGGUCUGCUCUCAGUCCACUCCUCGUCGUCGUCGAGCGGCGCCGGCGCCGCGGCAGCAGCGGCCAGCGUCCGACGGGAGGCCGACAUUUCCUCUUGGCGGGGGCCGAAGGAAGCCAACCCGGGGUUUUCAGCACAUAAAUAAGUUGCUAACAUGCAGACAAGCGUCCAGUAGCCUUUGAACCAUUUGAGGCACAAUGGAGAUAGCUUUUCUCACGUUGUUGGUUCUCUCUCUGCUCCUAUCCCCUAGUGGCAUCUGCAAGAGUUUAGCUGCAGGGCCUCCUGUUGUGAAUAUUGGCUCCAUUCUUCAAUUUAACUCCACCACUGGAGGUGUUGCGGAGGUUGCCAUCCGUUCAGCCUUGGAAGAUAUCAACUCUGAUCCAACAGUUCUAAAUGGAACUACACUAAAGGUUAAAAUAAAGGAUACAAAUUGCUUUGAUGGUUUCCUUGGCAUGGUUCAAGGUUUGCAGUUCAUGGAGACUGAUGUUAUUGCAAUCGUUGGCCCCCAGUGCUCCACAAUUUCUCAUAUCAUUUCAUAUGUAGCAAAUGAGCUCCGAGUCCCUCUGAUGUCCUUUGCUUCUGAUGCAACUCUUUCAACGAUACAGUUCCCAUUCUUUGUCAGAACUGGUUCCAGUGAUCUCUAUCAAAUGGCGGCCGUGGCAGCACUUGUUGACUACAACCACUGGAAGAUAGUGACUGCCAUAUACAUUGAUAAUGAUUAUGGUAGAAAUGGAAUUAUUGCUUUGGAUGAUGCACUCACUGCAAAGCGUUGCAAAAUCUCCUACAAGGUGAGUUUUCCUUCCAAUGCUAAAAGGAGUGAGCUCAUAAAUUUGUUGGUUAGUGUCAGUUAUAUGGAAUCUCGUGUUAUCAUUCUCCAUACUGGAGCUGAACAUGGACUCAAGUUUUUCUCUAUGGCAAACCAACUGAACAUGAUGGGCAACAGCUAUGUGUGGAUUGCAACUGACUGGCUGUCUGCCUAUCUUGAUGCUAAUUCAUCAGUUCCUGCUGACAUUAUAUCUGGCAUGCAAGGUGUUCUUACUUUACGGCCACAUAUCCCCAACUCAAAGAUGAAGAGUAAUUUGAUCUCCAAGUGGAGCAGCCAAAGUCAUAAGUACAACCAUAGUGAUCUUCGUGUAAAUACUUAUGGUUUUUAUGUUUAUGAUAGUGUCUGGGCAUUAGCUCGGGCUCUGGAUGCCUUCUUCGGUGAUGGUGGUAGGAUUUCCUUUUCAAAUGACUCAAAGUUACACGAUGAAGCUGGGGAGACUCUUCACCUUGAAGCAAUGAGCAUUUUUGACAUGGGAAAUAAAUUAUUGGAGAAUAUUAGAAAGGUAAACUUCACUGGGGCAUCUGGGCAAGUGCAAUUCGAUGCUUCAGGUGACCUCAUUCAUCCUGCAUAUGACAUCAUAAACAUCAUCAGAAAUGGCAUGCGGACUGUUGGUUUUUGGUCAAAUUAUUCUGGCUUGUUGUCGACCAUCUCUCCAGAGGCUCUAUAUUCAAAGCCUCCUAAUACUUCUCUAGCCAAUCAGCAUCUCUAUGAUGUUAUUUGGCCUGGGGAGACUGCACAGAGGCCUCGAGGAUGGGUUUUUCCUUCUAAUGCCAAGGAGUUGAAAAUUGGCGUUCCCAACAGAUUUAGCUUCAAAGAGUUCGUCACGGAAGACAAUGGUACUGGGUCAAUUAAAGGUUAUUGCAUCGAUGUCUUUACUCAGGCAUUGUCUUUGCUUCCUUAUCCUGUUAGCUACAAGUUCAUACCCUUUGGGAGUGGUACUGAAAAUCCUAAUUAUGACAAACUCAUACAUAUGGUUGAAUCAAAUGAGUUUGAUGCAGCCAUAGGGGAUAUCGCAAUUACAAUGAGCCGGACAGUAACUAUUGAUUUCACCCAGCCAUUCAUUGAAACAGGCUUGGUUAUCUUGGCUCCGGUUAAAAAGCAUAUAAAAACAUCCUGGGCAUUCUUGCAGCCAUUUACUUUGGAGAUGUGGUGUGUUACAGGGUUGUUCUUUCUUAUUGUGGGUGUGGUUGUUUGGGUUCUUGAACAUCGAAUCAAUGAGGAUUUCCGGGGUCCACCAAGUCAACAAAUAAUAACUAUUUUCUGGUUCAGCUUUUCGACUUUGUUCUUCUCCCACAGAGAAAAUACUAUGAGCACCUUAGGGCGCGGUGUGUUACUCAUAUGGCUAUUUGUUGUUUUGAUCAUUGUAUCCAGCUAUACCGCGAGUCUUACUUCCAUCCUGACCGUGCAACAACUUGAUACUUCUAUAAAAGGAAUCAAUGACCUGAAAAAUAGUGAUGAUCCUGUUGGUUUCCAAGUUGGUUCGUUUGCACAAGACUACAUGGUUAAUGAACUGAAUAUCUCACGGUCAAGGCUACGAGCUCUUGGUUCCCCACAAGAAUACGCUGAUGCCCUGCAGCUAGGCCCUAAGAAAGGAGGUGUUAUGGCUAUUGUUGACGAGCGCCCCUAUGUUGAGCUGUUUUUGUCAACUUACUGCAAGAUUGCUGUAGCUGGCUCAGAUUUCACCAGCAGAGGAUGGGGCUUUGCAUUUCCAAGGGACUCCCCUUUGCAAGUAGACCUGUCCACCGCAAUCCUCUCAUUGUCAGAGAAUGGGGAGCUGCAGCGGAUCCGUGACAAGUGGGUCAAGACAGGCGAUUGCACAACUGACAACAGCGAGUUUGUUGACUCGGACCAGCUCCGCCUCGAGAGCUUCUUUGGCCUGUUCCUAAUCUGUGGUGUGGCAUGUGUCCUCGCGCUGCUCAUCUACUUUGGUAUCAUGCUACGCAAAUACCUGAAACAUCAUCCGAGGAGGAGCCUCAGAAGAUUCAUCUCGUUCGUCCAUAGCAAGGAGACGCCAAAGAACAUGGAGAGGCGAUCCAUGAGCCUGCUUAGAAGCUCGACACCAACAACGCUGAUGAGCAGCCUUACUGCCCUUGACAUAGAAAGGCCGGCCAGGCCAGUUAGAAAUGACACCGCUAUUGACAUGGAAAGCUAGUUCAUCUGUACAAAAGCUAGUGCAUGGUUUUCUUAGGUCAGGUGGUUAACUGUUCUGUGUGAAACAACACUGGGGUCGACUAACCUAGGUUGGAAAGCCAGGCACCAGGGGUGUAUAGAGGGGGUUGAAAAUACUUCGUAAGUACUAAAAUUUAAGAAAUAAGAGAAGGAAUGAUCACUUUUUUCUU